CCUCCCCGUAGAGCGCGGGCGCCGCCAUCUUGUGCCCUCCCCGUGCCGUGUGUCGGCCAUGGCGGGGCUGCUGUGCCGCCUGCUCCUCUGCCUGGCGGCUGCCGGGGCCGGAGUCGGUGCCGACCUGCUGCUGGAGGAGGCGCGGCGCUCCGUGGACCUCAGCACCCACCUGGCCAAGGUCUCGGCCGAGCUCAGCUUGGCCAACGCGGCGGGCGGCGCGGCCGCCUCCUCCUUCCUGCUGGCGCUGGAGCCCGGCCUGGAGCCCCGCCUGGCCUACCUGGGCGUGCAGGUGAAGGGUGAGGAAGAGGAGGAGAACACCUUGGAAGUGAGAGAGACUAAAGUUAAGGGUAAAAGUGGAAAAUUCUUCUCUGUGAAGCUGCCAUCUCCUUUGGCACCAGGAGCCAAGGUCCGUGUUUCUGUUGAAAUGGUUUUCACGCAUGUCCUGCAGCCCUACCCCACCCACAUCACCCAAAGUGAGAAGCAGUUCGUGGUCUUUGAAGGAAAUCACUAUUUCUACUCUCCAUACUUCACCAAGACCCAAACAACCCGGGUCAAACUGGCCUCUAGGAAUGUGGAGAGUUACACCAAGCUGGGCAACCCUUCUCGCACUGAAGACACGAUUGAAUAUGGCCCCUUCAAGGACAUUCCUCCAUACAGCCAGGACACUCUGAAGGUGCACUAUGAAAAUAACAGUCCAUUCCUGACCAUCACCAGUAUGACCCGAGUCAUUGAGGUGUCUCACUGGGGGAACAUUGCGGUUGAAGAGACGGUUGAUUUAAAGCACACAGGAGCAGUGCUGAAAGGGCCUUUCUCCAGAUACGACUACCAGCGACAGCCAGACAGCGGCAUCUCUUCUGUCAAGUCUUUUAAGACCAUUCUCCCAGCUGCUGCUCAGGACGUCUAUUACCGAGAUGAAAUCGGAAACAUCUCCACCAGCCACCUCCUUGUUCUGGAUGACUCUGUGGAGAUGGAGAUCCGUCCCCGCUUCCCGCUUUUUGGGGGAUGGAAAACCCAUUACAUCAUUGGCUAUAACCUGCCAAGCUACGAAUACCUCUACAAUCUCGGUGAUCAGUAUGCCCUGAAAAUGAGGUUUGUCGACCACGUGUUUGAUGAGCAAGUGACAGACUCUCUGACUGUCAAGAUCGUCCUGCCAGAAGGUGCCAAGAAUAUCCAUGUGGACAGCCCGUAUGAAAUCAAUCGUGCUUCAGAUGAGCUUCACUACACUUACUUGGACACUUUUGGACGUCCAGUUAUUGUGGCGCACAAGAACAACCUGGUGGAGCAGCACAUCCAAGACAUCGUGGUUCAUUACACCUUCAACAAAAUCUUGAUGCUGCAGGAGCCUCUCUUGGUGGUUGGAGCCUUUUACAUCUUGUUCUUCACUGUGAUAGUCUACGUGAGGCUGGAUUUCUCCAUCACUAAGGACCCAGCUGCUGAAGCCAGGAUGAAGGUUGCCUGCAUCACAGAGCAAGUGCUUACUCUGGUGAACAAGAGACUUGGGCUGUACCGUCACUUUGAUGAAGCAGUGAAUAAAUACAAGCAGUCACGGGACAUCUCCACCCUGAACAGCGGCAAAAAGUCUUUGGAGACGGAGCACAAGGCCCUUACAAGUGAAAUAGCCUCUCUGCAGUCUAAACUGAAGACAGAAGGUUCUGACUUAUGUGAUAAAGUAAGUGAGAUCCAGAAGCUCGACGGCCAAGUCAAGGAGCUCGUUCUGAAGUCCUCAGUUGAGGCUGAGCGCCUGGUAGCUGGCAAGCUCAAGAAGGACACGUACAUCGAGAAUGAGAAGAUGCAUUCCAACAAGCGCCAAGACCUGGUCACCAAAAUUGACAACAUCCUCGACGCGCUGUAACUCUGAUUUAGUGACUGGGUGGAGGGGAGAGAGAUGAAGGGAGAUUUUUCUGGAGAGCCUGUCUGCUCAGCAGCAUGUGCUGUGCAAGGGACCAUGACAUCAUGCUGUUUGGCUGGGUAACAGGGUUUCUUUACCAGAGGUGAGACUCAGCCAGGUUAUAAAACAGCCUCGUGCUUUCAGUUCUCCCUGUAUAGAUGUGUCCUGACUAAACGCACACAAAUGGCCAGUCUGAGCACAGACACACUCAUGGCAAAUCUGAAUGUUGCAUCUCCAGAAAGAAUAAAAAGACGCCUUUGUUCUACUUUGAAAUAAAACCGCC